AUGCCAGUGAGGCUUUACACAGCCCUGCGUGUUUUUGGGACCAGCCUCUUUGCUGUAGCGGUGCUGGGGGGCAUCCUUGCUGCCUACGUCACGGGCUACCAGUUCAUCCACACUGAGAAGCACUACCUCUCCUUUGGGCUCUAUGGUGCCAUCCUGGGCCUCCACCUCUUCAUCCAGAGCCUCUUUGCCUUCCUGGAGCACCGGCAGAUGCGCCUGGAGGGCCGGCCCCUGAAGCUGCGCUCCUCAGUGGCCCUCUGCAUCGCCGCCUACCAAGAGGACCCCGACUACCUGCGCAAAUGCCUGCGCUCCAUCCAGCGCAUCUCCUUCCCCGACCUCAAGGUCAUCAUGGUGGUGGAUGGCAAUGGGGAGGACGAUGUUUACAUGCUGGACAUCUUCAACGAGGUGAUGGGCUCCGACCGGACAGGCUGCUAUGUGUGGAAGAGCAACUUCCAUGUCCGGGGGAAGGGCGAGUCGGAGGCUGGCCGCCGCAGGGCCAUGCGCCACAUCCAGAGCCUUGUCCGGCACAAUACCUAUACCUGCAUCAUGCAGAAGUGGGGCGGGAAGCGCGAGGUGAUGUACACGGCCUUCUGUGCCCUUGGAGAUUCUGUCGACUACGUGCAGGUGUGUGACUCUGACACGGUCCUUGAUCCAGCCUGCACAGUGGAGAUGCUGCGCAUCAUGGAGGAGGAUCCUCGCGUCGGUGGAGUUGGCGGGGAUGUCCAGAUCCUGAACAAGUAUGACUCGUGGAUCUCCUUCUUGAGCAGUGUGCGCUACUGGAUGGCCUUCAACGUGGAGCGGGCCUGCCAGUCCUACUUUGGCUGCGUCCAGUGCAUCAGCGGCCCCUUGGGCAUGUACCGCAACUCCCUGUUGCAGCAGUUCCUGGAGGACUGGUACAACCAGACGUUCCUGGGCAGCAAAUGCAGCUUCGGGGACGACCGCCACCUCACCAACCGGGUCCUGAGCCUGGGCUACCGGACUAAGUACACGGCCCGCUCCAAGUGCCUGACCGAGACGCCCACCAGGUACCUCCGCUGGCUCAACCAGCAGACGCGCUGGAGCAAGUCCUACUUCCGGGAGUGGCUCUACAACGCCCUCUGGUUCCACAAGCAUCACCUGUGGAUGACCUACGAGUCGGUGGUGACGGGCUUCUUCCCCUUCUUCCUCAUUGCCACCGUCAUCCAGCUCUUCUACCGCGGGCGCGUCUGGAACAUCCUCCUCUUCCUUCUGACGGUGCAGCUGGUGGGCGUCAUCAAGGCCACCUAUGCCUGCUUCCUGCGCGGCAACGUCGAGAUGAUCUUCAUGUCCCUCUACUCCCUGCUGUACAUGUCCAGCCUCCUGCCGGCCAAGAUGUUCGCCAUCGCCACCAUCACCAAGUCCGGCUGGGGCACCUCCGGCCGCAAGACCAUCGUGGUCAACUUCAUCGGCCUCAUCCCGGUCUCCGUCUGGGUGGCAGUGCUGCUGGGUGGGCUGGCCUACACUGCCUACUACCAGGACCUCUUCACGGACACGGAGCUGGUCUUCCUCAUUUCGGGAGCCAUCCUCUAUGCCUGCUACUGGGUGGCACUGCUCACCCUUUACCUGGCAAUUGUGGCCCGGCGCUGCAGCAAGCCCCAGGAGGAGUACAGCUUGGCGUUUGCGGAGGUGUGAUGAGGAUGAGGGUAGGGGGGGCAGGGAGUGCAAUAAUAGCAAAGGACUGGCAGCGUUUCCCCGCAUAGUUGUGGGACUUCAGGAGGGCUGGCCCCCCACCCUGCUCAGGACCUGAUCCAGUUUUGAAAUGUCCAUCCCAGAAGCAAAUUGGCAGAUUCAGGAGUGCAUCAUUGGGGAAGGAAGUCGGAGCCUCGCAGAACGGAUCCUGCUGGGUGGGCUUCUGGAUCCUGCCCCUGCAGAAAGUUCAACAGCUCCUGGAAAAAGUUUCCACCACCAGAUGUCCCUGUCGUUCUAUGCAAAUGACACUGCCUCUCCCCAGAAUAGCACCAAUGUGGCAGGGACGACCUCUGUAGCCGGUUCAUGGUACAAGAGUCAUUGUAGCUGAUGGGAGUGCAGUUUUUACAGGGAGCAAUAAUAACCACCUCGUGGAGAUCUGUUAAAGAAGGGGCCCUUCUGUGCCCAGCGAAGAGACCAUCAGUAGGUUUUUGAUCUUCCCUAGGAAGAGCUUUAAGGCUUUUGUAAAGGUUAUUCUCUGUUCAUGGGAGAAGCAAGUGGGGCUUGAGCCACUGACGUCAAGGGGUUGCUUUCUAGGCAGAGGCCCCACAGGAGGUGGGGUGACAGGGCAGAACGUGUGCGCCUUCCAAGAGGGGCUCCCUUCUGCCUGUAAUCACUGCAGCUGCAGGACUGGAGGGAGAUUUACUGAGAAGGAAAGGCUGGCAGUAGAAAAAACCACCUUUGAGCCAUAGUGGGAACAUGCUGUUGCCCAAAAAAUACAUCAAAUGACUAGGCUGCCCAUUUCUAAACAAACACAAAAUACUUGAAAGCUCCCAGAUUGGCCCAAUACAGCAUGAGUCACAGCUACUGUGAAUUCGAUAAAAUAGGUUGCAAACUGGAUUGGUCAAAUGUCUUCAGCUCCUUCUGGAGUUUUUUUUUUUGGGGGGGGGUGGACCACCUAUUGCUACCCCCCUCUUUAGUCCAGGACUAUGGAUCAUGCAAGUGGUCCUACAGAUGCUGUAGGGACUCCCAGUUUCCUGACCAGUUAUCGAAAUCCAACUCCUGUCAUCCCUGACAUUGCUGGCUGGAGGUAUCUUCAGCCUUUUAAGCAAAGCAUGCAUCUAGAGAUCUAUUGCUUAACCUUCCACAAUAUUUGCAUGGUGGUAGUGUCCGACCAAUCUUAGAGCAGGCCAUGGCCCACCAGUUGAAGACCAGUGUUCUAGAGCAUAUUUUGUUAUGCUUGGGUAGGGGUGUUAAAAUACUUUAAUGCUGUGAACAGA